AGAUGAAUGCAGCGAGCAUCCUUCACCCUGUGGGAAUAACAGUUUUUGUAAAAAUACAGCUGGCUCAUUCAUGUGCUCCUGCAAUGCUGGAUACAGAGACAUCUCUAAAAAAGGGGCCACCCAAUUACAGUGCAUAGCAUUAUGUGAGAUAUAUUUGCAAAAGCAAAGUGAAACAUUGAGUUUUUGUGAUCAAAAGAAUUCCAGUUGUAUUCAUCAGAGGUCCACUUACCACCUUCUGGAAGCUUCUUGCCAGAGUAACAAGACCAAAUUAGACAUCAAGAACAUUACAAAUUCUGCCUCUGGGAUUCUCAGUGACCCUUCUUGGUCUAAUCUCAGCUCUUCGGAAGUCAGUACUGUGGUUAAUGGGUUUCUAGAGACUGUGGAAUUAUCAGUAUUGAAAUCAUUUUCUAAAAAUCCCAGCAAUCAGAAUUUUAGCACCCCUGAGAUAGGUGUUGCUACCAAGGUGGCCAAAGAAAACUGUUCUUUCAUAACCUUAAAUGUGGGACUCAACAGCAUGAAUGUGUCAUGUGACCUCCUUCCUAAACCUGAAGAUGGAGCCAUUUUCAUUUCAUACAAAAGUCUUGACUCCAGAUUAAGUGGGGGUUUUCUCAAGUCAUUGGGGGCAGCUGAAGAAAACACCGCAGUGGUCAAUUCACAGGUGGUAACUGGAAGCAUCACAAGCCAAACAACAGAAAACCUUAACUCCCCAGUGACCUUUACUCUGUAUAAUCUGCAGGCCCUCGACUCCUCCCAGGUAUCCUUGUGUGUAUUCUGGGACCCCAAGCUGAGUGGAUGGUCACAGAGAGGCUGUAACAUCACAUUUUCCAAUGUCUCCACCACUGUCUGCUCCUGUGAUCAUCUCUCCACCUUUGCUGUCAUCAUGGCUCCCUGUGAUAUAAAGGAAGAUCAUGGCCUUCUCUACAUCUCCCACAUUGGUCUCAGUUUGUCUCUUCUCUGCCUCUUUCUGUCUCUUCUCACAUUCAUUCUGUGCCAUUCUCUGAGGAGCCCUCACACCUCUAUGUUAAUAGCACUAUGUGGAUGCCUCUUUUUGGGACAAUUAAUCAUCCUGUUUGGCCUACAUCAAACCCGGUUUAUAAUACUCUGCUCUAUCAUUGCUGGUUGUCUCCACUACAUUCUCCUCUGUGCUUUCUGCUGGAUGACUCUGGAGAGUGUUCUCCUCUUCCUCACUGUGAGAAACCUGAAUGCAAUGAACUACUUGACAUCAAGACGCUCUCACUUCCCAACUGCCUGUUUCAUUGGGUUUGGGGUUCCUGCAGUUAUAGUCACCAUCUCAGCAGCUGUUAGUUAUGAAGGAUACGGCACAAGGAAACGUUGUUGGCUCAAUCUAAAUCUCAUUUGGAGUUUCCUUGGUCCAGUUUGUGUCUUCAUCACUACAAAUACCGUACUCCUGAUUUCAACAGUCUGGCUUCUCCGAGUGAAGCUAGCAUCACUGAAUGCAAAUAUCUCAACUCUGAAGAACACCAGGUUAUUGACCUUCAAAGCCCUGGCUCAGCUGUUCAUACUUGGAUCUACUUGGGUCCUUGGCUUCUUCCAGUGUGGAACUGGAGCCAUUGUGGCAUCGUAUCUGUUCACCAUCUGCAACAGCCUUCAGGGCGCAUUCAUCUUCCUUGUGCACUGCCUGCUCAAUCGCCAGGUAAGGGCGGAAUAUCGCAAAGUUUUCCUUCGACUGCAUAUUAAGAAGCCAGAGUCAGAGGCUGUAUCAGGAAGCACUGUCCCUAUGACUUUAAUAUCGCCAGAAGUGAGUAAGACUGAAUUGAGUCUUUGAAUGAAGAUACAAAUCACAGAAGCAAGGAACUGCGUGUAAGCUCCUCAGGAAAAAGACUCAGCACAUGAACAUAUUUUGCCUAUAAAUAAUUCAACAUAAAUAAGUAUACUUAUUUGUAAUUUAUGGUUUAUUGAGUUUGACUGGUUUAUUGAAUUUAUUUAUUGAGGUUUUUUUUUUUAGAUCUUUACAAACAGUGAUAAAAACCAGAAUAGAAUUUCCAUAAAUUUCAAAAGGAAAAUUUUCAUAUCGUAAGGCCACACUCCUGCUCUACAUAUUUUUUCCUGUACGAUUUUCAUGAAACGCUUCUCAUUUUCCAGCAACUCUUGCCCAUUUCCAGGUGAUUGAUUUUGUAGCCAAAGUAGGGACAGCUGGGCAGGACUCAUCAACAAACAGACCUGUGCAAUGUAAAUCUGGUGUGUUUUAAUUCAUUUAUUGGAUAUGGAUUAUAUAAUUUGUCUAUGCCUAAACACAUGGUGUGAAACGAUAGAAAAGAAGAUCGAGGCCUUGUUGACUCAUAUCUAUUCAUGUUCCAGAAGAACCAGGGAUGGCCCUCACAGCUCCCUGGUUUAAACAUCAGUACAAGCAGAAGUGAUCUGCAAGGAAGACUUAAAAACAAAAUCCCUACAACAAAUUACAAAAAUAGUUGACAAGCUUUGAUUUGUGCCAAAUGAGGUGUGGCUAACUUUUGACUUACUAUCGGGGUCCAACCUACAAUUACUAUUUUCUUUGUUCCUAUAUUUUAAAGUUAUAAAUAUACCUCAAAACCAUUUUAGGGGCAUAUUUACUAAGGUUUGAAUGGUAAAUUCAAAUUUUCGA